CAAGCCAAGUAUAAGGGAGUUAUACUCCAGUCUAGUAGGUGGCGGUAAUGCAACAUGUAUUGGAUGCCAGCCCGCCGAUAAUCCUCAUCGAAGAAGAAGAAUAGCAGUGGUGGCAUGCUUGAAGGUUAGCGACAUAUUUAACGAAAUACAAUAAUAACUACUAGUGACACACAUACUGAGUAGCAAGGUAUACCAUUAUCGUGUAGAACAUGGUAACAUAUCAACAUUGGAUAUAACAAAGCCAGUCCACACGUCGCGGUGAUUCCAGCUAGCUAUGGCCAGCCUGUCCAACUACGCUGUGCGUAUGGCACGUCUCAGCGCACGUAUCUUUGGGGAUGUGGCGCGUCCGACGGACAACAAGUCCAUGAAGGUGGUCCAGCUGUUCAAGGAGCCGCCCAUGGCCCAGAAAAAGGAGGUGUACGACUGGUACCCUCAACACAAGAUCUACUAUGCCCUUACACAGAAGCUACGGUACAUGGGACUCUUCAGAGAUGAGCACGAGGACUUCAAGGAGGAGAUGCGGCGGUUGAGGAAACUACGAGGCAAGGGGAAACCCAAGAAGGGCGAAGGAAAGAGAGCCACCAAGAAGAAAUAAGCACUUCCUUUCCCUGUCAUAUAGGACCUAUGGGUAAACCCAGCCUUUCCCUGUCAUAUAGAACCUAUGGGUAAACCCAGCCUUUCCCUGUCAUAUAGAACCUAUGGGUAAACCCAGCCUUUCCCUGUCAUAUAGGACCUAUGGCUAAACCCAGCCUUUCCCUGUCAUAUAGAACCUAUGGUUAAACCCACCUUUCCCUGUCAUAUAGGACCUAUGGCUAAACCAGCCUUUCCCUGUCAUAUAGGACCUAUGGGUAAACCCAGCCUUGCCCUGUCAUAUAGAACCUAUGGGGAAUCACAACAGGCCUCGUUUGCUUUGGGACACCAGAGGAAUGGCCUCCCUAACUGUGUUCACAUCGGUAACAUGUGACCCCACUCAGGAUGUUCAUAUUAAAUGGACCCUUGUAACAGCUGAUGAUGAUGAUGAUGAUGUGUUGAGAGGAUCCUUUCAUAUCCCAUCACAGAACAUCCUGUCUGACAAGUGACCAGUCUUUGAUCGCUGUGUGUUUGGUACAUAAAACAUUUCUGUUCAUUGCUUUACAAGAUGUUUCAUUUAGGUUUCAAUUGUAUCCGCGUUGUUAGCAGCUUUCCGUUCUCAUACCAUCUGUACAGUGAAUAGGUGAAGGAGACCUGGAGGGCAUCAGUACAUGUCAUUGUGAUGCUAGUAUGUUCCUAUUGGCUGAGCCAAAGCUGCUGAUUUUACAUCUGUUCUGAGUAACACCAGGUGUCAUGAAUAAAAUACUGUCAACAAAUCUGCUGAGAUGUGUAGGAGGACUCUCUCCAUUUUGUGACUGGUUUAUUGCCAUGUAAGUACUGUGUUAUACAAUGUUGUUAAUAGUGACUUAGUGUAACUACAGGAAACCCAUUAAAACCUGUUCUGACCUGA